AUGGGCGUCGAUCAAGCCAAGCUUCAACACUCCGAUCUGGAAAAUACAGCCCAAAACAUGGUUCGUGGGCUGAGGACGCGGACCGUGUUGGGGCUUUUCCAGCCGAGCGGUGAUUUGCCUGUCAUCGAUUCUGGACGGGGCAUACGGACUCGUGGCCAGUCCCCUCCCGCUUACUAUGAUGAGACUAGUUAA